ACUGCGGGGCGAGCACAGCAGCCGGUCAGGGCGCGGCCAGCCCCCACCCCUGGAGGCGUCCCUCCCUCUGCAUGACCACCCCGUGGCAGGGCGCUGCUGUUCCCGGGGGGCUGCACCCCAGGCCACCGGCCACCCGUUCUUUCCCAGCCCUUGUGGUGGAUGAGGGGGGGUGGCCUCAACCAGAGGAGAGCUGGGCACACCCGGGGAAGCCUGGCACGGGAGGGGCUCCUCAAUCUGUGCCGUCCCGAGUGCCCUGUGCCCUGGGGUGGCCUGCCGAGCUGGCUCUAUCACAGCGGCCUCCCGAGCGGGCCCCCUGCCUCCAGUCCCCCGGCCGUCGACAUCCAUCACCCCUGGCAGGUUAUUUUCUCUGGCGCUGCUAAGACCGUGCGACUUCCCUGAGCAGACACCUCCGAUGGCCGCCAACUGCCGCGGGCACCGUCACCGGCAUCUCAGCCUGCCUGCCAGUCGGCGUUCCUCCAGCCAGCCCUGCACCCUCCUGCCUCCUCGUCCUCGCCCCUACUGUCCAUUCCCCCGCCACAGCCCGCCAGCCAGACUCUGGGCGGUUCCCAGGCAGGGCUCUGAGUUCCUGACCUGCCUGGUGUUUGGGUCACGUGGGAGGACGGUCCGGGCCCUCCUCCCAGCCCAAGCUGUCAUGCCAGAGAAGCAGGGACCACCCCUUCCAGUGUCACUGGCAUUUCUCCUGUCUCCAGCACCUAAGAGCGGCCACAGUAGGCUCUCGCUAACAACUUAAGGGAUCGAAUGGAUCGGAUUCCCGACGCCAAGAAAGAGGGUGUCUCUCUGUGCCCCGUCCCCACAGGCUCCUAAAUGCUCAAGCGAUCCAAUCACAUGUUCCUUGAAGGUAGGACGGCCUCUCUCUCCGAAAGCCCGAGGUCCGGCACAGCUCGGUGGACAGCAGGCCCUCGGGGAUGUUAGCUGAAUGGAUGAGGAAGGGACCGAAGAGAUCGAGGCAGAAUUUCAAUUAUGAUCUUCCCGCUGCACCGUGUUCAUCGGGCCAGCGGCGCAAAAGGCCUGUGUUUGCCUUGUGCUGGGAACAACCACCAAGACCCAGGGGGGCUCUUGGGAGACAGCCCUCGAGCGCGGGCCCUGGAGGCCCGUGGAGCCCGGCGGCGGGCAGGGCCGUCCUGGAGGGUAGGAAAUGCAGGUCCCGAGCCUGGGAACCAACCGCCUGCAGCCCGUCCGCGUCGUGCACACAGAGCGGUGGGGACUCCAAGCAGGAGGCCCUGGUCUCCAGCCCCAGCACGUCUGUUUACCUGCCGUGGGAUCUUGGCUGAGAGUCUCAGUCUCUUCGCCAGGGGCCCUCGUGAAGGUCACCUGGGGUGCCGGGUCUGGCCUGUAAUGUGCGGGGCCCGAGUGACACGUGACAUGUGUUCACUCGGCUGCUCGGACGAUGGCCAGCUCCCGGCCCGCUGGGGCCCUGGCUCCUCCCCUUUGCUAGCUGCAGGACCCGGGGCUGGGGCCAGACGGGUGCAGGUUUGCAAGCGGGACGGCAAGGAGUUAAAGGUGGAGGGAAACGGAUCAAGAGCCACCACUCGGGGUCUGCUGGUCUGCGUGGACCCCUGCAAGGUCACGCCUGCUGUCUCACCCAGGAAGAAGGUCCUGGACGAGCAGAGGCCCUGCACGCCGACACGGGCCACCGUGUCCGGACGCAGGAGCCCCCCGGAGGGAAGGCUUCUCCUCCCAUGGGCCCUCCCUUCCCCAGAACGCUGGCAACUUUCCCCUCGUUCGGGGAAGACCAUCCCUCUGUCACUAAUCUUUCUCUCCGUUUCUGGGGCAAAGGCAAAUAGAGCUGUUGAAGUGUCUGCUCGGCCAUCAGUUAGAGGGCACGUGUCCGUGUGCAGGCCUGUUUAUGAACACACUGUGACAAAUCUGUCCAUCAACACGCACGUGUGUGUGUGUGUGUAAAAUUCUGGAAAAUAACACUGACACCCUGUGACGUCGGAAUGAGAUCGUGGAUGUGAAGCCAACUGUAAACUGUGGCGUGAUCGGCGACAUUUCCGCCGUUCGUGGAGCGCCGGCCGACGUGGCAACAGGCCGCGUGCGGGCUGCGGGCAGCCCUCACCACGGGCGUCCUGCGUUAACGCUUCUGCGGUAAAUACCAGCAACCCCAAUUUGCAGACAAGGUCCUGGGGUUCAGAGAGGUGCAGAAAUGUGCCCAGAGGCAGGAGAGUGAGCUAAGCAGCGGGGCCGGGGCAGGGACCGGGCCCACUGACCCUGGAGCCAAGCCCGUCCCCGCGGUGGCUGGGGUACAGCUGUGGCUGCCGAUUAUGGGGGGCCACAGGCCUGCAAGUCUAUCGCGUGUCUGUGUCUCAGUCCGCAGGCUGGCCUGGACUGAGGCAGGGGGCGGGGAGGCCACCUCGGAGCAAGGCUGCAGAUGGGGGGGGGGGUAUCUAUCAGGCACUGGACGCAACCCACGCUGGACCCCGCCCUGCCCAGUCUCCAGUCCCCGGUGGCACAAGCAAAGGUGGACGGGAGCAGGUGAGCAGGGAGCGCGCAAGGGAUAUCCUGCCUCCCUAGUCUGCACGCGGCUGCAGGGGGGGGUCGAGAGAGAGAUGAACAAGGGCAAGGAGAUCCACGCUAACCUCUCACCUCUCUUCCUCCUAGGGCCUCGUCCUGCACCCCUGCCUCGUGCCCCCCAAAUCACCCAGAUAGGCUGGGAAGGCCCACACAUGGACCGUGCCCUCCAAACUGGCCACCCAACAGCCCCACUCUGCGCUCCCCCUCAGUCUCCUGCAAGCUUUUUAACAAGGUUGUACUGCCCAGCGUCUGCAGAGCCCAUGACCCGGUACCGCGGCCAGGCUGCAGGGACACACAGGGCGAGCGAGGACAAACCCCCCUCCCCGUACUAAUGUGCAGAACCCACUGCCAACAACCUCAGCCCCCGGACGCGACAAAGAGAACAGAAAUGCACGGCCCCUCCUGUGCCCGUGUCAUGACGCUGCCUUACGGCGACCAGUGACUGACUCUUCACGAAGCAUCUUCUCUCAUCUGGUUCCAAAGUCACAAACGCCACUCGUAAGCCCGUGAUUACGACGCCUAGUUUUGCACAGCAGCAAACUGAGGCCCAGAGAGGGGCAGCGGCUUUCCUAAGGCCGCCCAGCUCACAGGAGGCAGAGGCAGAAGAACUGAGGUGUCCUUCUGCUCAUCCACUGGCGGGAGGCCUUCCCCAAAGCGCCUUCCCUUGCUCCGUCAUAUAGGAGGCUGUUGGCUGUGUUUUACUGAAUCGUCACGUAUGCUUCAGCA